UGAAACAGUUUAAAUGAUGAAAACGUAUACAAAACGCUUAUAUUCGCCGCGUUAGUCAAUUCGCCGAAAGCACCACACACACACACACACACUCAAACACACGAACAGGGACAUAUGCGUAGCUGCAGAAAAUUUUUUGCCUCAUUCGUGGUCCUGUAAAAGUCGACGAGGACGUGUACAACAGAGCUAAGGAAAAUUCUAAGCAAAACUAAAAAAAAAAAAAGGUGAAAUUGAGUUGAGAAAAACACUUUGCCUGGCGCCAGCAACUAAAUGAAUAAUUGAAUUGAAUCGGGCGAGACAAACGCGCGUGAAACGCUAAAUAAUUGAUUGAAUAAUCGUAAACAAAAAAGCGCUAAAUUCUAACAGCAGGCAGCUGGCAGCGGGCACUCGAAACUCUAACCCAGUGCCAAGGCUAAACUUUCCCAGUGCUGCACGCCACAGACCCUAAAAACCAGUAGCCAAACGGACAGUGCGAAAAAAAAGAAAGAAAUUAGAGCGAAAAAGCAAACUCGCAGCCACAAUAUCGAUUUGUGUAUAUGUGUGAAAAAUAACAGUAAAGAGCUUACACCCACGCGCGCACGCACACCCACUCACACACCUGCACACACCAACACACCAUCACACACACACACAGUCCGCAGACGUCAACAAAAACAACAACAGCAGUUGGUCACAGGGAACAGCCGCAGCACUUAAGGAAUUACCCCAGGAUCUGCAGACAUCCGGCGCAAUCCCAGCCCCACUCACACACACACAAGCACACACAGUCACACUUAGCCAGCAGCAGCUGCAACAAUAAGAAAGAAAAAACAACAACAACAACAAAAAGAACCGUAACAACCUCAAGACUAAGUCACACCCACAAUCAUGGCUGGCGGUGGUGAUCCCAAGUGGCAAAAGGAUGCGGCCGAUCAGAACUUCGACUACAUGUUCAAGCUGCUCAUCAUCGGCAACUCGAGCGUCGGCAAGACCAGCUUCCUCUUUCGCUAUGCGGACGACAGCUUCACAUCGGCUUUUGUCUCCACCGUGGGCAUUGACUUCAAGGUCAAGACGGUUUUCCGCCACGACAAGCGCGUCAAGCUGCAGAUUUGGGAUACGGCUGGGCAGGAGCGUUACCGCACCAUAACCACAGCCUACUACCGCGGCGCCAUGGGUUUCAUUCUGAUGUAUGAUGUCACCAAUGAGGACAGCUUCAACUCUGUGCAGGAUUGGGUGACACAAAUCAAAACGUAUUCGUGGGACAACGCUCAGGUCAUAUUGGUGGGCAACAAAUGCGACAUGGAGGACCAGCGCGUAAUCAGCUUCGAGCGCGGUCGCCAAUUGGCCGAUCAGCUGGGCGUUGAGUUCUUUGAGACAUCGGCCAAGGAGAAUGUCAAUGUUAAGGCUGUUUUCGAGCGCCUGGUCGAUAUUAUAUGCGACAAGAUGUCCGAGAGCCUGGACGCGGAUCCAACGUUAGUCGGCGGCACACAGAAGGGGCAGCGCUUGACGGAUCCGACGCAGGGCACGCCCAAUACCAAUUGUAAUUGUUAAACAUGACACAUGUAGCCGAUGUUAUAGACAAACUAACUAGCCUAUAUACACACACACACAGACACACACACACACACACACACACACACUCCCAUAACACGCAGUCAGUUACAAUUUGAAGUUAGCAAAGGUUUAUAGUCGCAGAGAAAUGCAAGACCUUUAGACAAAAAAAAAAAAACAUAAAUAAUAUAUAUACAUGAAUGUAUAUCAUAUUAUAAUAUUAUAUUUAUACAUGAUUUGCGUUGUCGCUCCGUGUAAA